AUGGCGCCGUCGGUGCAAGUCUCCGCCGUCGCUGCCCCGCAUGUCCUCCUUCUCUCACGCCGCCUCGCGUAUGCUCCGGUAUCGGCGCCCUCUGUCCCUCUCCUCCGUUCCGGCUCCGGUCGGUUGACGCGGCGGGCGAGCGUGCGGGUCCGCGCGGGCGCCGGCGGCGGAAGCGGAGGCGGGCCGAGGAGGGAGGCCCCGCACGAUGUGCUGGGCGUGGCGCCGUCGGCGUCGCCCGCCGAGAUCAAGCGCGCGUAUCGGCGCCUCGCGCUCAAGUACCACCCGGACGUCAACAAGGAGGCGAAUUCCCAGGAGAAGUUUCUUAGGAUCAAGCACGCGUACAACACGCUGAUGAGCUCCGAGAGCUGGUCCAAGUACGCGAGCAGCAGCAGCAAGCCAGCUGAUGCAGAAGAGGAGUUCGAUUGGCUCGCGGCUAUUAUUAAAGAGAUGGAAACAUAUAGGAAGGCGGAGGAUGGCCUGGAUUUAGAGUGGAAAAUUGAAAGCGUGGCGGAAGUAGUGUUUACGUAUUGUCUAACGAUCGCCAUGCUUAUCUUCGUGUAUCAAAAAGAGUUGAUUGUCCUCAUCAAGUCCUUAUCAUUAGAAGUGCGCAUUUUCAUCAAAAAGAGUUUCACCGAUCAGUAUAGCGAUUCCAUUGCUCUUUUCAAGACCGCCAAGGAAGUGUGGGAUUGCCUUGAUGAUAUGUUCGAAGGUGAUGCCAACAUUCAAAGAUCUUGGUUGACCUUGCUCAAGAAAGAAGUCAAUUUGUUUGUGAAUAGUGAUGGAGAGACCGCAGAAAGAGGUGUACCUGAGAUUGAAGUCUCUUGUGGUUGGUCCCAGGAACUUUAG